GCGGUGUCGGACGACGAAGCAGCACUUCAGUCUUCGACCCGUCUCCGAAGGCGCAGUAUACUCUCAACGAGCUUGACAAUGGCAGACACGCAAGAUCCCAGCGUAAGGGCUCCUGAUCAUUUCAAGCCGUUCGGCCUCUCAGGAGCUCGUCGCGGACAAGCAAGUGAGAACUGGCGAGACCGCGACGAGUACGAGGAUGAUCGACCCGGAGAAGAGCUCGGAGAGGAAGCACGCGUGUGGCAUGUCCUCUUUGACGAAGGCACGAGGCGCGAUGCCAAGGCCUUGCAGGGUCUGCGUGAUCAUCUAGAUGUUGAUCUCGUAUUCUCUGGACUAUUCGCUGCUGUCGUCUCAGCAUUCGUCGUUCAGUCGUCUCAAGCACUGCAGCCUGACCAUGCCAAGAUAGGCGUGGCCCUGUUAUCCGAAUUAAUUGCCCUUCAAAGGGCUGUGACGAACGGAUCCCCGGUGGUGGAUGUUCCAUCUGCCAGAGUCACACCGGAUACUGUGACUGCGACAGCCCUGGACUAUUGGACCAAUCGACUAUGGUAUCUCAGCUUGCUACUAGGCUUGUUAGCUGCAUUCUUGGCUUUCAUUGUAAGGAGCUGGCUCUACGCAUACGACACCGAAGUGUAUGGCUCACCAAGGCGUCGCGCUCUUGUUCGACACUAUAGACGCGUCGGCUUAGAGCGCUGGAACGUCAGUCUGAUUGUGCUCCUUCUCCCGACAAUGCUUCACGCCUCCAUGCUGUUAUUCUUCAUCGGGCUGGGCUUUUACCUCAACCUGUUUGAUGCACCUAUGUCAUAUUUUGUCACUGCACUCACGGCGAGUUUUUACUGCUUCUACCUUUGGUCAACCUUCAUGCCGGUCUUCAAUCCUCAAUGCCCGUAUCGAUCGCCACUAACAGACUGGGUGUACUGGGUUAAGUCUGUUCUAGCUUGGAUAUACACAGCGCUCCUGUGCCAAUCUCGAGGCACAAUGAAGACCCUGAAGACGUCAGCCGACCACGAAUGGGAGGCAGUGUUAGAGUGCUCAACGACUCUGACACCUAAUAGUCUGGAAAGGGCCAUGCGGGAGUCUCCUUCGUCCUUUGUUGCUCUCGUCAUCAUACAGGCUUCGUCCUGCUUCGUUCUUGGUCGAAACUAUGACCAAAAUCAAUGCAUCUACAAGGAUGAUCCCAACUACGCACUCUUCAGUCAAGUCUUGAACUGGCUGUACGGCGCCUUGUACUCUCGACCAACGAUAUUCGAGUGGGAGCUAGGUCGGGAGAACGAGCUCCAGCGCCUGGCGUGCUGUCUCUUGCUCGUCCCAGUGGCCAAGCUCAAGACGACACUCGGCACUCGGCAGUACUACAUGUGCGGCAUACGCAUCUGGACCGCGUUGAAGCAGGCAAUCAUGUCGCGCGAGGUCACGGACACUGCUGCACCGGCCUUGUGCGCGACCGUCUUCGCGCUCGGGCAAAGGCUCAAGACUCUCGACCACCAAUAUAACGUCCCCCUCAAUUGUGCUCUGCAGCAGAGGAUGAUCGAAGUCUACGUGGUGAUGGCCCAACAGACCCCGCACACGCGUCUGCGUCUGCGACCCGUCGUGUGGGAGGGUAUGCUCGAUUCCUUGAGGAGUCGUCACCCACUGGCAUCCACGGAGAUUUGCGUUCCCUUCGCGCUUGUGCUGUGGCGUAGUCUCAAUUGCAGCACGAUUUUCCCGGCCAAAGACGAAUCGCUCUGGAACACGCCGUCGUCCACUAUCAUGACUUUGCAAGCUUGGCUUUGUGCGACGAAGCAGACCAGCCUCGUAACGCAGGUCGUCAUGCAUCGCUUUUUCUGCCGCGCUUCGUGCAAGGUGCCUGCGCCCCCCGACGAUCACCUCUCAAGCGCAUACGAUGCGUCGACUAUCAGCAGCACCUCCAUCGCGCAGAGGGACAGUGCUUGGCUGCACAUGGCAUGCCGUGCUAUCGACCUGUAUGUUCAGACUGACGAGGCAAGCAGAGGCGCGGCUUUCAGCGACCAUCUUGGGUUCUUGGCCGAGCAGUUGAUCUCGACGCUCGCCACCAACCUGAGAUACGGUCCCCUCGACACCGCCUUGCAGACUGUCGAACGUCAGUGUGUCUCUUACCUCUUCGAGUCGAACUUCCGCCCUCGUCCCAGCCCAAGUCUGGAGGAGAUAAUCAAGCCCGAAUCGGAUGAAGGCCUGCCCGAUGACCUCGUCGGCCCCUUUUUCUGGUUCCUUGUCGGUCUCAUGCGGGCGGUGGUCGACGCACCCGCUAGCCAUGACCGCAACGCAGCACCUCAGGGCGACAAGGCGACGAAGGAGGUCGCGCACGCGACGGAGCGCCACGUCGAGAGGCACCGCGAAUAUCUGAUCAAGACUCUUGUCGAAGACGUGGAUUCCCUCGAACUUCUCCGUCCUCUGGCGAUGACCAUCAUCACUCAUCCUAAGCUUGCGGCUCUCUCGACUUUAACGGACGCGCUUGCCGAUAAGAUGGCUUUACUUCUGCGCCGACUGGCUUCCGGGGACAGUACGCAGUCACCCACCGAUGCUGGUCAGCCGCAAGGUGUUGACGCAGGGCCCGGCGAUCAGCCACCGCAGGACCUCGUUUGGUGCAUGUGGGUGGAUGCCUUCUGCAGGGGUGCCGGACAAGCGAGCGCGACACCCUCCGAUGCGCUGCAUGGUGCAUUGCUCUCCUUGAGCCGCAUCCACCAAGACGCAUGGGCACGGGAGGUCGACUCCACUCAUUCGCAGCCACUCUCUCUACCCAAGAGUAUGACGCUGCGAAGCCCGCGAAGUCGCGAAGUACUCGCAGAGCUGGUGCCGAACGCUCAAGCGGUAUUUUCGGAUCCAAUACUAGUAUCCGUUCCACCCAUACUGCGUCGCACACAUCGACUCGAUGUCACUGGCUCUGACUCUCUCGUUCCCAUGACGGAGAUUGUCACGGUCGACGAAUGCCACAGGCGAAUGAGAGCAGACAUGCCUGCAGACGACGCUCAGAGUCAUGCUCCGGACGCUGGGAAGUUGGAAGAUGAUGGCGCAGUCGGCCAGUGGACGAUCUUCAGGAGAUAUUCGGCUAUGACCACUACCCGCGUUUACUCUGCCUUGCGGUGGACUCGCCGCCAUCUAGCUUCAACUCAAAGGUCAGAGGUGGUCGACGAGGAAAUGGCUUCGCAUUCGUGUUACCUAGCGCCGCAAACACGUUCUAGCGACAUUGAAAGCGAUAGUCCUGGUCGGGGAAUUGGUGAGGAGGUGCAGAGGGCAAACUCUUGACCACGACAAACGUUGAAACAAGGGCACGCCGACGUAUGUAUCUCAGGAUUGUUUUUGCUAAAUCAUCGUAUGUACUAUAUCAUAUGGGCAUCGGAAACGACUUUUCGCCGUUAUAUUUGC